GGCCGACCCGGCUCACUGUCAGGCGCCCACUGCUUCUUAUUUUCUAAAACAAGAUGGCUGUCGCACCAGAGAGCCGAGUUCUGACUUUCAACGUUUUCAGAUGGAGCUCUUACUCGUCGACAUAUUUACCCGAGAAUAUAUUGGUGGACAAACCUAACGAUCAGUCUUCUAGGUGGUCUUCGGAAAGCAACUAUCCUCCUCAGUUUUUAAUCUUGAAAAUGGAAAGACCGGCAAUUGCUCAGAGCAUCACCUUUGGGAAGUAUGAAAAGACUCAUGUCUGCAACCUAAAGAAGUUUAAAGUGUUUGGUGGGAUGAGUGAAGAGAACAUGACAGAACUUUUGUCCAGUGGCCUUAAGAAUGACUACAACAAAGAAACGUUCACCUUAAAGCACAAGAUUGAUGAGCAGAUGUUUCCCUGCAGAUUUGUCAAAAUAGUGCCUCUGAUGUCGUGGGGUCCUAGUUUUAAUUUUAGCAUCUGGUAUAUUGAGCUGCAUGGUAUUGAAGAUCCUGAUGUGGUGCUGCCCUGCCUUAACUGGUAUAGCAAGUACAGAGAACAGGAAGCCAUCCGCCUUUGCCUCAAACACUUCCGGCAGCAUAACUACACAGAGGCCUUCGAGUCGCUGCAGAAAAAGACUCGGAUAGCACUGGAGCACCCCAUGCUCACUCACCUGCAUGACCGGCUGGUGUUGCAAGGAGACUUUGAUGCCUGUGAGGAGCUCAUAGACAAAGCCGUGAGAGAUGGUUUGUUUAACCAGUAUAUCAGCCAGCAGGAAUACAAGCCAAGGUGGAGUCAGAUCAUCCCAAAAUGUAACAAAGGUACAGGUGCCCCAGAAAUCAGCCGAGAUGACAUUAGUGGUGACGGUGAUGACAACAGGCCAGGAAUGAGGGGAGGACAUCAAAUGGUCAUUGACGUCCAAACUGAGACUGUGUACCUGUUUGGGGGCUGGGAUGGCACACAAGACCUAGCUGACUUCUGGGCUUACAGUGUUCAGGAGAACCAGUGGGCUUGCAUCUCCAGAGACACUGAGAAAGAGAAUGGUCCUAGUGCUCGUUCCUGCCACAAGAUGUGUAUUGACUCCCAGCGGCGUCAAAUCUACACACUGGGCCGGUACCUGGACUCCAGUGUCAGGAACAGCAAGUCUUUGAAGAGUGACUUCUACCGCUAUGACAUUGACGCAAGCACCUGGACACUACUCAGUGAGGACACUUCAGCUGACGGAGGGCCAAAGUUGGUGUUUGACCACCAGAUGUGCAUGGACUCGGAGAAGCACAUGAUCUACACAUUUGGUGGUCGGAUACUGACAUGUAAUGGCAGUGUGGACGACAGUCGGACUUCAGAGCCUCAGUUCAGUGGCCUGUACGCCUACCAUUGCCAAGCUGGAACAUGGAGCCUCCUGCGGGAAGAUUCUUGUAACGCUGGGCCAGAAGAUGUCCAGUCCCGCAUUGGACAUUGCAUGCUCUUCCACAGCAGAAAUCGCUGUCUGUUUGUGUUCGGAGGUCAGAGGUCAAAGACAUACCUCAAUGAUUUCUUUAGCUAUGAUGUGGAUGGAGAUCAUGUAGAGAUCAUAUCUGAUGGCACCAAGAAGGACUCUGGCAUGGUGCCAAUGACAGGUUUUACCCAGAGAGCAACCAUCGACCCCGAGCUCAAUGAGAUCCACGUGCUGUCCGGCCUCAGCAAAGACAAGGACAAACGUGAGGAGAACGUCCGCAACUCCUUCUGGAUAUAUGACAUCGCUCGCAACAACUGGUCAUGUGUGUAUAAGAACGAUCAGGCAGUGAAAGAAAACUCAAGUAAGGCUCUACAGGAGGAGGAGCCCUGUCCACGUUUCGCACACCAGCUGGUGUAUGAUGAGAUGCACAAGGUGCAUUACCUUUUUGGUGGAAACCCUGGGAAGUCUUGUUCUCCCAAGAUGCGUCUGGACGACUUCUGGUCCCUCAAACUGUGUCGACCCUCUAAGGAGUAUCUGCUCCGUCACUGCAGAUAUCUCAUCAGAAAAUACAGAUUUGAGGAGAAAGCCCAAUCCGAGCCACUUAUUGCACUGAAGUACCUUCAGAAUGAUCUGUCGCUCACUGUGGACCACACAGAUCCUGAUGAAACCAAAGAGACUGUGUUGUGCUUCAGUUUCAGCUGCUGCCCUCAGCUCUCUUCAGGUCUGGCUCUGACUUCAUCCCUCUGGGUUUCUCAGACGUGGACCAGACAUACGCUCAGCGAACCCAGCUCUUUGACACGCUUGUCAACUUCUUCCCAGACAGUAUGACUCCACCCAAGGGCAACCUGGUAGACCUUAUCACCCUCUAGCCCCUCCCACCUCUGACACACCCCUCCUUACUCCAUCACCCCACCCACUAGACUGACUGAACACCACCCAUGCACCUGAUGGGAUGGAGGGAACAGAGACCAGUUAUUUUUCUAUUCCUGAACUUUGCUGGUAGGAGUACACUUGAUCUGGAGCAGCUCUGCCUCCAUCACUGACCUGCUGCUGUCACAGGCUGCAUUAAUGAUGGUGAUGGUCAUACACACAUACAUUAACAUCACUCUAUUUACAGAUGAGCAGAAUUCCACGAUAACUUGAGCUGUGUCUGUGUUUUUCCCAUUUUCACCUUAAUAUCUCCUCCAUUUUUUUUCAGUUAUACAAAGCCCCUAAUUACUCCGAACGUCACUUGUGUUUUUUGUCUUGACUCUUUUCAUUUUUCAUAUUUUUUCCCCAGAAAACAACACAGUUGACCCUUGACAUUCAUCUGCAUUUUUUAGGGAAAUCAAACGAUGAGAUGAUUUGUGUUCAGGCCAGUUGUAGUAAAAGUUAAGUUCCAAUUCAUUACUUUUUUAAUUUAUUUUAAGAAAGGACUUAAAAUAAACUGAAAGAAGCUGAAGAAUAUAUAUAUAUAUACUGUAUAUAUAUAUAUUACCUCAAUCAUCCAUGUACUGAGGUGUUAUUAGUGGUUAAAUGCUGUACAGAAUAUGUAAAUAGACAUUCAGGAUUCCUUUCAAAGAUUCUUGGCUUGAAGAGAUUCUGUGCUCUUCCUUGUCCCUCUUAAUUCCACAUACAGUAACCUUCUGGCGCUACAUGGCGGUAUUUGAAAUAACUGGUUUGUGUAUAUGAAUGAAGUACAUGUUAUCCAUGGGGAAAAUGUGUUUUAUGUCUGUUUCGUGUGUUGACAGAAUGUUCCUUCAGUGGUGUUGGGGGUUUUUUUUGGUUUCUCCUUCAAUUUCAAAAUGUCUAUCCAAAAUGUUCAGUGAAGUAGACAGCAGAGCAGCCUAAGUCACCAAAAUGCCCCAUCCUGUUUUCUGUGCAUACACACAUGUUAAUGGAGGAAUUGUCCUAUUAACGGACUCUGCUGGGCUCCCCUUCUUCAGUUACCACCAGCAGCAGUCUCACACUCUUCCUAUGGAAAUUAAUUAAGUAACAUGGUGUUAUUUUCAGAAAUAAUGAAUAAGCCCUUAAAUGAUGAGCACAGAACCCAGUCUGCUCAGGGAUUUCUGCAUAAAAGGGCCAAGAUAAUCUACAAGCAAAACCAGCAAGUCUGCCAGACUUGUGUUGAAUGAGACAAAAGCAGCGACCAGCGCUGUAUCUGUAAAAUGGAACCAUAAUAUGGACACUUGGCUCUUAUUGGCGGGAAAGUGAGGAUUAAUCUUCCUUUUUUAAAUCAUGUUUGACGUUUUUGAAUCUUGGCAUGAAUAAAUACAUUAAAUGAUGGUUAGUCGGAGCCUUAUAUUUCAUAUUAUCUGAAAAAAAAAUCAAGAUCAAAAAUUAGUUAUUUGAACUUCCUUUAUUUUUAAAUUGGCCAUGGUAAAAGUGGGAUAGUAGCUUACAAAUUGUAUGUUCCUGGAUGGAUCCGUCAGAUACUGCUCAGGUCUUCCUUAAGGAGGUCAAAGGUCACGUUCUGCCACUAACAGAUAAACUAACGGAUCACUAACAUCCCAUUGACAAAAAUCAGUGUAAUUAGUCAAGUAAAAGCAACUAAAUAUUCUCUCCCAGGCCGAAUACCUGACUUAUCACAACACCACAAGACUGCUCAUCCCUGGCACAUGCUGCUUUGACUGUUGAUAAUCUGUAUAUAAUGUGCUGGAUCAGUGCUGUUUCUUUCUGGUAGCCUGAGCAACACAGAACAGAUGAAGAAAAUCAUUUGGUCACUUUAAGCUGGAGGGGCAGGGCUGGGUAAAAAGAUAAUGGUAAAUUUUGAAAUCUUAUCUUUCAUUUUCAACACUACGUUGGGGGUCUUGUCUGUAAUGGGAUAAAAUCCUAACAUAUUUUUAGGGUCAAACAUAAACUAGUGAGUUUAUAUGAAUCCCAUUACAUUGGUGUUUAGCACUUAUUUUUAAAUGAAAGGACAAUGCUGGUGUUUUGUAGUUUCAAGCCUAUAAAAAAGCCAGUAUCACCAGUUUGUUUGUCUCGUGUUUAGAUUCUGUUGCAUUCUGGAAGAUAAAUCCCUGUUGAUUUUUGAAAAACCAUGUACAUACAUUAGGCUAUUUUAAUUUUUUAGAUCAUUUUUAAAGUUGUUGCUCUAUUUCCUGAACUUCAAAGGCAGAUAUUUCACACACAAUAUAUAAACACGCUUACUUUAAAAUUAGUGGAAGCAAACAAUGUUUGCAAAUUUAAAAGAAUUAUUAUAGGUCCUACGUUUUUUUUGAAGAAUGUCUGAUUUUUUUUUUUUUUUAAUUGGUUGCUCAGCUUAGUGAUUUGAAUAUAAUGAUAAUACUUCACAAACUGGGUAAAUCCUGAAACAUUAUGUUACAUUAGAGCGAAAAGCAAAUAUUGUCCCUGUUACAAAGGAGGAUCUUCUACAGCACCAAGAUUCACAUUACCCACCAUGAGCUAUUGCUCAUACCAGACCAAGUAAGGCUGUAGCAGCAAAACUACUGAGUGUAUUAAAUUAAUGAAUUUAACUUUUAUUAAUAACAGGAAGGAGUGUGUACUUCUUUCGGAAAUUACUUAAUUGGUUUACGACUUGACUGAUGGCUUUCAGUGUGCGUGCCGACUGCUGUUAAUAUCAACUGACAUUUUUAAGUGACAGACAUUUUGAAACCAGUCAAUUCAUUUGGGGUGGGGGUGAGAGGAAUUGUUCAGUGUUGUUGCUUUCUUGGUGAGAGUUAGCUGAGAAGACUGGAAGCGGGGGGGGUAUCAAACAAGAUAUCAUGUUAACCAUUACAGGUGCAGUUUGUGGUCUUAUCUCCUGCUGCCUGUAGCUUCAUAUUUAGUCUACAGACAUGACAGUGCUAUCAAUCUUCUCAUCUAACUCCUUGCAAAUACAUGCAUUUCCCGAAAUAUCUAUUUAAGGAUUAAUGAUAUGUACAAAUGGAAAAACAUUGGUAUGGUCCUUAAGAGUGGAUAAGAACUGUUUUUGUCUCCAGACUGUUUAGCAUCAGAUGGGAUUGACAGGAGUGACAUCUCAAAUAGCCUUUAAUUCCCCGAAUACUUUAGUGGAGUGAAAUAAAACCUGUUCUCAUUUACCACAAUUAUAUCACAAUGGAGAUGUUGAUUUGAUGGUGAUCCGAUUGUUUUUUUUGUUUUGAUGUUUGUUUUGACGAAGGAGAGCGGCAUGUACGUUGUAUGUCUUGUCUGUGGAUGUUCUGCCUCAAAUGGAAACGGAUUCAAAAAACACAAUUGAACUACAAAGGAUGAUUUUAUCUUAGGAAAAAAGUUAAGAUGAGGGAUCUUUAUUUGAGUUUUGUGCCAGACAAAUACUGUUUAAAUUGAAAGCACUUUUGUAAAAGACAUUAUGCCAAAUACUAUUUUGUUUGCUUUUUUUAGGGUAAAGCUCCUCCACACAAAAAAAAAACGUUUCCAUUUUUCCAUCUUGGCCUCCUCUCGACUCUGCGUGGGACUCAGGAGUUUUAUGGCUGUUAUUCUCAGAUCAGUGAGCACUACUCUGUGGAUUUCAGUGAAUGUGUGAAAGCCUUGUAGUAUUGCAUUGUAUGUAAUGUAUAUAAUGAAUAAAGACUGUAUUUUGUU